AUGAAAACAAACAUGGCGGAACCCAUCGAGCUGCUCUGCUGGGGAGGAGACUGGGAUCUGCCAUCCGUGCAAACAGACUCCCUCACCGUGCUGGCGUAUGCAAAGUUUGCAGGUGCAGAACUUACAGUGAAGUUUGUUGACUGGACAUGGAGGACUAUUACAGCAUCUGUACCACAAAUACACUAUGAGGGAACAACGGUCACAGAGCCAACUCAGAUACUGAACUUUCUACGAAAGCAGAGAUUCAAUGCUGACUUUGAGUUGACAGCUAAGCAAGGGGCUGACACGAUGGCUUACAUCGCACUGCUGGAGGAAAAGCUGCGGCCGGCGCUGCUGCACACGUUCUGGGUGGACGCAGAAAACUAUGCUAAUCUGACGCGGCCCUGGUUCACGUCACAUUCUCCGUUCCCUCUGAACUUCUUUGUACCGGGUCGACAGGCCAGCUUGGCUCUGUCUCGUAUUCUACUGACCAAAGCAGAGUCACCGUUGCUGAAUAUUACAGAAGUAGAAGGAAAGAUCUACAGUGAAGCCAAAGAGUGCCUGAAUCUGCUCUCUCACAGACUUGGAAACUUCAACUUCUUCUUUGGAGACACGCCUACAAGCCUGGAUGCAUUUGUAUUUGGCCACAUCGCUCCUCUCAUUAAAGCCCCUCUGCCCAGUGGACAGCUUCAGAAGCACCUGAACCAGCUCGACAACCUCUGCCAGUUCUGCAACACCAUCCUUAAAAACUACUUCACUGACGCCACUGUUGAGAACAGAAUGGACUGCUCACCGACGGUUGCCCAUGAUCCUGUUGAUGCAAACCUCCAGAAACUGACACAGCUUGUUAACAAAGAGUCCAACCUUAUUGAAAAGAUGGAUGACAAUCUUCGCAGCAGCCCACAACACAGACCCCAUAGACAUGAGGCCAAACCCUCAGCCCCCGCCAGUGACAGGAACUCAACGCCUGCCUGAGAAACCCACAUUGACCUUUCCGUUAUUUAUUUAAUUUUCACUGACACAGACAUCCUUUACAAAUCAUAUUUAAAAUAUUAACUCACCAGUAAGGUAAAAAAUGAAUGCAGAUUUUUCAUGAUGCUGUUGCUGAAAUAUCAAAUUGAGUGUUGAACGACAUAAAGGGCUUGUUAAAUGGGCAUUGACCAUAACAUGGCAAUUUGUAUGUUGGACUGAGGAAUCAUAACCAUGUGGCAAUUAUGAAAUAUAAAAAGGGAAAAUAUAAUUAAAAACACAAGAGCUUUAAAUAACAGUUGAUAAGUUAAAAAUACUGUUAAAUAGACUUUGUUCAGUCUUCAUAAAUUCAUUGGAACUUUGAUUUGACCUUUACUUGCUGUUUUUUAGUGUGUGAUUCAAGUGUUGUUUUUUUAAAUGGAUCACAAUCAUUGGCUCACUUGCUUUGUUCAAAAACAGAUUAUUAAUUUAUUAACAGCAAAAUAACCCAUAAUAUUGUGUCUAUAAUGUAACUUAUGAAGAUUAACUUCUACCUUUACUGAAUUAGUUAUCGUUGUUAGACUUUUCCCAUUCCUCCCAGAUUAAAACAUCAGUCAGAGGCUUAAAAAAUGAGUUCAAUCCGUUUAAUUAAUUAGAUGAAUAAAGCAUUACAGAGCUCUGGGUUUUAGAGAACAGCAACACAGGUCCUCUCCAAUAUUUAUAGACGUCUCUCUUCAGCCCUGUCUGCGGGCACUUCAGUAAUAAAGAUCUUCCAUACAGAUUAGCCCAGCAGAAAUAGCUAAUCUGCACAGAAAAAAUAACGCAUACCCAUAACAGAGCCUACAAGAGAGUGAGCCUGGACCCCUCCCAUUUGUGAAUAUUCCUGUAAAUGAGCACACUCUGAAAGAAAACAGUUGUAACAUUUUGCUGAGAACAAGUUCUAAGGAGUUGACUUCUCGGCUAUCAGUCACACAAAGCCACAGCUGUUAAGGAGCAAAGUUAUAUGAGGUUAAACACAUCAGCAUAUGUUGUAAUUAAUUAAAAAUAGAAUUAAAUGUUUAAUUUAAGGGUAAAACUAUUAAUGCAUAGAACAAAGUUAAAAUCAUCAAGAACUUGUUCAUUGUCUGAAUGCUCUUGGAGGCUCAAUGCAUGUUUUUGUUUGUUGUUUUUUGUUUGUUUGUUUGCUGUGAGUGACAUUUCAUGAUGUCAGCUUUUACAUUGUUAAAUCUACAAUUGCAAUAUUAUCCUAUGUGAUGAAUAUUGCAAAGCCCUAAUUAGGAGUUUGUAACAGUUACUUGCGUUCACAUGGCAGGUGAAAUCUACUAUAGCACACAUGUAGUUUGGCAUUGUGCCUCAUUACAGGAUUUUUUUUUUUCUGUUUAUUCUGUUUGUGUUUGCAUUAAUGUCACUUAACACAUUCUUUAUACUUUUGGUCCAAAGGGAUCUUGAUCACCAGAUUUUGUGUACCGUGUAUACAUUUGUUGUUUUUCAUAUUCCUCUGAAAUAUUUUAUACAUGCAACGAUUGCCUUUAAAGUGCAGUGCUAUGCCAUGCCAUCUCACCUGGUGUUAUCAGACAUCCUUUGUGUUUUAAGAAAUUGUAUAUUUCCAAAUAUAACUGUGUACAGAAAUAUUUAAGUAGAUGUACAUAAAUGCAAGGCGGCAUUCUUUGAAAAUAAACAGGGUGGAAAGUCA